CAUUAACCGGAAGUCUGUUCACAAAAGCGUUAGCUUGAAUAGCUUCACGCAGUCCGAAACGUUACUUUCUGUGUUAUGACUUUAGCUCAGAGAUGUGUUCGUAGACUUCAUGAUGCGGCGUUACAUUCGUGCACUGCUGCUGUGCACGGUGUUUGCCGUGUUUUCGGGUUUAUAUGUGUACAGUAAGCUGUUCUACUCGGACGGGUCGGCUGGAGGAAGAAGGGUUUUCAUCCCACCGAGAAACGCCGGAGCCAGGCGAGGGUCCGCUGACAAAACCGUGCCCACAAACCCCCACUCGUACCACCAUAGGUACAUCAUGCGUCAGCGCAGUCGGGUGGAAGCUGCAGGGACCGGCGUUCAGCGCACACCCCAGCCUCCCGUCAUGCACCUGGCUGUGGUGGCCUGUGGAGAGAGGCUGCAGGAGACGCUCACCAUGAUCAAAUCGGCCGUGCUUUUCAGCAUUGGCCACCUCCACCUGCACAUCUUCGCUGAAGAUCGGCUGCACGACAACUUAACGCAAACUCUGGAGUCGUGGCCUGGUUUUGUUCGCUGUAAGUACAACUACAACGUAUACUCCAUCAGCUUCCCCAGUGAGAAUGCAGCAGAGUGGAAGAAACUUUUCAAACCCUGUGCUUCUCAGAGACUCUUCUUACCUUUGAUCCUAAAGGAUGUCGACUCCAUCAUAUACGUGGACUCCGACAUCCUCUUCCUGCAGCCCGUUGACCAUUUAUGGGCCUUCCUGUCCCAGUUAGACCCUUCUCAGCUGGCUGCCAUGUCCCCAGAGCACGAGGAGCCCCGCAUCGCCUGGUACAGCCGCUUCGCCCGGCACCCGUUCUACGGCAGGACGGGCAUCAACUCGGGCGUCAUGCUUAUGAACAUGACGAGGAUGAGGAGCACCUUCUUCAAGAACGACAUGACAGCAGUGGGGCUGCGCUGGGAGGAGCUGCUGAUGCCUCUACUCCAGAAAUACAAACUGAAUAUAACGUGGGGGGACCAGGACCUCCUAAAUAUCAUCUUCCACCAUAACCCGGAGUUCCUGCUGGAGUUCCCGUGCAAGUGGAACUACCGCCCAGAUCACUGCAUCUACGGCAGCAACUGCGCCUCGGCCGAGGAGGACGGCGUCUACGUUCUGCACGGAAACAGAGGCGUUUACCACGACGCCAAACAACCAGCUUUUAGGGCUGUUUACGAGGCCAUAAAACAGUAUUCUUUUGGCACCGACCCCGUCGCUUCUUUGUUGCACCCGUUGGGGGAGGAGCUACAGAAGACGACGCACACCUACUGUGGCAAAUCGCACACUCUCCUCACUAAGAGACUCUCUCUCAGUUUAGGCAACAUCAGGAGAACAUCCACAAGAGCGGUAAAAAAGACAGAAGACUCCACAAGCUAACUUUCCAAAGGUUUGAGCAUCUUUUAUGUUUUUUUUUCUUUUCUUUUCUCGGAGCGUGCCGCACAGAAAAGCGAGCAGCUACAGCUUGGUAAACAAGCUCCUACCUGGCAAACUGACAGGACUGUUGAGCCGUGAGACUUUGAUACAGAAGACGACCACGGUUUGAGAUUCUGCUCUGCUGCUUUGAAGCUCAAUAAGCCAGCUGGGAUUGUGUCAGUGUGAGACUAAUAACCGCUCCCCUCGUAGAAACCGCUCUGGAGGUGGAUGACGUAAAAACCCUGAAACCUGCGCGAACCAGAACCGUGUAGACACUGAUGACGAACCCAGAAGUUAUUUUUUAGUUCAUUUUAAUACAAAAUGUUUUUAUUUUGAGAAAACCUCUUUUAUUUGUUCAUUCUUCUUGUCGUACUUUUGUUUACUGGCAGAAGUAAAAGGUAGUUUCCAUAUUGGAGAAGUCUUAAAAUGCAAUAUGAAAUGUUUUCCUCUUGGGGAAAUUUGUGAAACUCUUAUUAAAAGAGGUAAAAAAAAAAAAAAAAGGUCAUAAAACUGGAUAAAAGGCUUUCUGGAGGGCUCAGGUCUGAAAUAAAUUUUACAACUGGAUCAAUUUUUUUAAUAUUUAGAGGUAUAUCAAGAGAAUAUGGGUAAAAUUUAUUGUUUAGGGCUAUAUAUAUAUAUAUAGUGUCUUACUAGGCUGUGAUAGUUGGUCGGCUUUCAAAUGUCUUUUUUGUGACACUGGAACUCAAAAGUUGAUUGAAUUGAAACUUUCGAUCCAUGCAGAGUGUUUUUUUCUUCUUUUUUUUWAAUCAAAACUUUAACUUUACACAGAAAGCUCAGAGAUCUGCUUCAAACACCUCUUUAAGAUGCUUCUGCUCGUAGAUCAUCUAUGGAGCCGCCCACGUUCUCCGAGGAUGUGAAGAAACGCUGAACCAAAGGAGGUGACGUUUAGCACAUAAAAUGUUUUUUUUUUCUCCACAAACUGCUGACAAAUGAUCUGUAUAAAUUAACUGACAGGUGCUGACUUUGUGAAUAAGUUCACUUCUAAUACCAAAGAUUUAAUAUUAUGAUUGUUUCCGCACCACUGAAUGUUGAUUUGCAAUGUUUGUUGUGUAUGUUGCAGUACUACUGUAUAUCUUUGUGUUUAUUAUUAUUAUUUUUUUAUAUUAAAGCUCUUUUCAAGUAUGUA